CUGCCUCAUUCUCUAUCUCUCACAAACAAAAACAUUCAGCACUUUCUCACUUUCUCUUAUAAUGGUGAAGUCCAUGGCAACACUGAGAGUAGGUGGAGUUGUAGGGGAGGUAGUAGAUGAGUUUAACCCUAGCGUAGAAAUGAAAGUUAUUUACAACACAAAGCAAGUUUCUAAUGGUCAUGAAUUUAUGCCAGCUUCCUUCUCCAUGAAACCUCGAGUCGAGAUCGGUGGCCUUGAUAUGAGGGCUGCUUACACACUUGUCAUGACAGAUCCUGAUGCUCCAGGGCCAAGUGAUCCAUACCUAAGAGAACAUCUUCACUGGAUUGUUACUGAUAUUCCUGGCACUACUGAUGCCUCAUUUGGAAAAGAAAUAGUGAGUUAUGAGAUACCAAAGCCAGUUAUUGGGAUCCACAGGUAUGUGUUCAUUUUAUUCAAACAAAAAGGAAGGCAAACAGUGAUUACUGCACCACCAAAAUCAAGAGAUGGUUUCAACACAAGAAGUUUCUCCCAGGAAAAUGGUUUAGGUCUCCCUGUUGCUGCUGUUUACUUCGUUGGUCAGAGGGAAACUGCUGCUAGAAGAAGAUAAGUACAACAACAAAAAUAACAUUGAGAGAGAGAGAAAUUAAGAGAGGCUUUAGUUUCUGUGUGUUUUUUUUUUUUUUUUUUUCAAGGUUUUAUGGUUUAUAAUGGAUUCUGAUUUUGUUCCCUCAUGAAGCUAAGUGAACAAACUCAUUGAAGUAGUGCUUUUGCUUUGGCUUUUCCCCCCAUUUUAAAUGGGUGCAUGCAUAGUUGAUCGAAAAAACAUGUUGGUAAUUAAAUAAGAACCAGUGUGAGCAUAUAAAUAAUAUUAUUAACUUAAUCCACCAUUAGGACAUAUCAUAAUCAAAAUUUUGCUUCAAAAAUAAAAAUAAAUCAUAAUCUAAAUUUCGUUACUCCAGCUUAA